AUGACGGCACCAUUUGAACCUCAAGUUGCUGUCAUCGAUUUCCACCAUCAACGCGGACCCGAGGUUGAGUUCUGGGUGACCGAGGCAGGGCAGAAGCUAUACGACCACAAUGACUGGUCUUUACUGGCCUUCAUGGCCCUCUCAGACGGUGCUCACGCCAUGGUGGAGGACUUCAGUUACUUCACUCUUCUGCAUCAGCCCGGAUUUGGCGCGGGCGACGAGAAAGCGCCUCAGGCAAAGGAAGGUGAGGUUGCGGAGCCGCGGAAUGGCGCAACUACACUCUUUGGCAUAGCUUGCACACGCCAGAUCCGGUCCGAUCGUUUGCGCACACGCUCGAAGAGCGUCACCCGGAGCAGUGUCCAGAAGUCGGUCGUUGUGAUCGUCAACGGCGUGUCUGGACUGGGCGAGCUGCGGACUCGGCUCGGGAUGGUCACGGAGAUGUGGUUUGCGCAAGAUGAUUUCACCGACACCACUAUUCUCAAGGGGUUUCAGGACAGCCUCGUCAGAAGCGCAGCGCAAGGUAGCCCCGGCGAGCAUUUCUUUGGCCUAUCUCUCCGCGAAGUCAUCCACGAGUUUCGGCACCAAACGCUGGUCCUCGUCAAGUGUCUCCUGCUCCAGCGGAAGAUGCUGUUCUUCUCCUCGAAAUGUGAACGCCUAUGCCUGCUGCAAUUCGCCCUCCUCUCUCUGCUGCCGGGUCUGACAGCUCAUCUUGAGACGGCUGCACACCCCUCGAUGGAGUCCACCGAGAAGCCGGACCCUACAGCGAUGAAGACGCCGCGGGCGGAAUUGCUGGAGUCUUUCGGACAGCCGCUGCGCAUCUUCUCCAAGGGGGCUUUCUUCUCGCCCUACACUCCGCUGCAACACCUCGACAUGCUGGGCAACUACAACACCAAGGCCUACGUGGUUGGAUCCACGAAUUCUCUGCUUCUUCAGCAGCAAUCAAGGUACGCCGACAUCAUGGUCAAUCUGGACACGGAGCCGUACAGCAUCACGAUUUUCUCGCCUUCACUGAAACAGGCCGUCAAUCUAUCCGCAGCCGACCGUCGAUGGAUCGACAAUCUCACGCAGCAAGUAGUGGAGACAUGGGACCCCGAGAAUCCGUCACGGCCGAAGAACCAUGGUUACGCUGGCAGUGAGGAAAUGAUCAGAUUACAAUUCGAAGAGUACAUCCUCAGCUUGUGCAGCUGUAUGGCCUACCAGGUGUACCGUGAGCAGACUGACGGCACGGUCCAGAGUGUCAUGUGGAAGGACGACGGCCAGGAGACCGGGGUCAUCAGUACAAGAGAUGACAAGGAGCCGCCCGAGCUCGAAGACAAAACGGCGAGUGAGAAAGCUGAGGAGCCUUCGGUCGCAUCAGCUGAAGCCAGCACAAUGCCAGAAAAGCCUCCGCGGCCUGAAGCGAGAGUCUCGACCUCUGACUCGCGAUCGUCUUCGCAGGCAGCCCGCCAUCGGGCACAUCUACGCACUUCCUCCCUCGAUGUCAACCUGCCUCCCGCCGAUCUUGACAAUAACGCCUUGGAUUUCCGACCCGAAUUCCUCGCUUCGUGGCGAGAGACGCGCAACUUCGAGCUGUUUAUUGCCUCUCUUGCGCUGGAAGCCACGACCGCGGCACAAUCCCAUGCCCUGUUAUCCGCCGACGCCAAACGGCCACGCAUAUUCGAUCUGAUCCCUCCUGCACAUCCGACCGGAGGCGGGCUCAACAUCGACGACGUGCAGCGGCGGCUGCAACAGAGCAUCGAGGAUUUCCGCACCACGUACAAAGUCGACGAAAGAUACCGAGAAACUCGCGAGAACGUGGGCAAGGCACUCGAAGCCGGCAGGGAACGAUGGGGCAAAUGGUGGACUGAGAUGGAGGAGAAGCGACGCAAGGCCCACGAGCAGAGCACCCAGCCCGGCUCCGUGGCGAGCAAUGCUACAGCUGCCACAGGGGAAGCAAGCAAGUCUGCCGAUACCAGAGGCGCGCCUGCCCCAGCGGCGGGGGGCACGUGGGCGGCGGCUUUCAGAGAGCGGGCGUCGAAAGUGCAGAAGCCGGACCCAGUCGCGAUGCAGGCCGUUGCGAAGGAUAAUGCGGCCAAAGCAGGCGCCUACCUGAGUUCGUGGGGGAGUUGGGCGAAGGAGAAGAGCCGGGACUGGCAAGAUCAGCGGACGAGGAGGAGCGAGGACAGUGGUAGCGGUGUCUCUGCUGCUGCGUCUGCUGCGCCUACCGCUGCCGCUGCCGCUGCAACGGCAACGACAACAUCGGCGCCAUCGGUCUCCGUUACAGCUCCUUCGACGGGCGCAUCGGUGGACGAGCCAGGGACGACGUCAACAAAGCUGGAAGCUGAGCCGGCAGUCAAGCCGAACCGGCAGUCGGCGGGCAAGUUUACGGAGAACAUCGAUUGA